AUGGGCUGCAUGACCUCCAAAGAAUCCGCCCCCCGCGCCAGCCACGAAAAAAUAACUUACCUCGUCUGCAAAAGCUGCCACGAGAGCCCCGUCCGCGACGUACGCCUCCUCUGCCAACGCUGCAAAUACGCAAAGACCACCAACAAGCAGAUCAAGCCCCGCUCCUUUUGUCCUUCCUGCGACUCUGAAACUGUCCAAUACCCCGGCGAGAUCUGUGGUGCCUGUUCUAUAAGGGCUGGGUGGUCGGACCAAAGUGCGUCAUCGAGAUUGCCGCCUGGUCUUUUGGCUGUCACUGGGCAGGCAGGUAGUAGGGCUGCAUCGUCGAGGAGGCCACAUGGUCUCACGAUCAAGACAGAUCAGCGAUCAGGCGGUACAGCACAAAGAAUGCCACAAAGCCUUCCUGCUAAAACCGAGCGGUCAGGCGGAGCUGGGUCGACAUCAAGAGUGCCGAAAAGUGCUCCGGCUAAGAGUACUGGACAGUCGGGUGGGUCUGCAGCAUCGAGACUAUCGCAUAGGUUUCCGAUAAAAACUGAACGAGCUGAAGGGAAUGGGUCUUCUGAGGUGCUGCAAGGGUUUUCGAGAAAAACUGGACCGUCGAGUGGGUUUGAAGGGUCAAGACUAUCACAUAGGCUUCCGAUUAGGAUGCCGGAGGAGAGGGCGCAUUUGAGGGUAUUUUAG